AUUUUUAGUGGCGGCUAUUAUUGAACUUUCUACUUACAAAUUAUCGACCAUUGCAAAUGCUCUCGGGACUGUUCUAGAAGACACAGCCAAAAUAUCAAUUAUCAUCGGCAGCCCACUCAUCCCAACGGUCCUGGUAUCCCCUCUGUGCGCGUGGAUACACUGCAAUCACAGUUAUUUAUUUUGCGUCUGUUGGCGGCAUGCAUGCAGCAUCACUGGAAAGUCUAUCACGAAAAAUCCAUCAGUCCUCACUUUCAUGAAUCGCAUCCAAUUGAUCCCCAAUUCUCCACGCUGCCGAACGAGAUGUAUUCGUUGAACGAUGCCAUGUCACAAACAAGCGAUAUAGUCGUGCCUGCUUUGGACGAAGCGCUCGUUUCCUUUGUGUUGGUCUUGAUGGUCCAAUUGCUUCAUCAGAGUCACGCUAUCAGCCAUGGCGAUCAACGUUAUGGAUUUGCGUCUUCUACUGGCAGCAAUGGAUCGCUUGAAAGGACUCCUACGAUAGCUACGCGUUUUCCCGACCCAUAUGCCAAAGAAUUGGCCACGGAGAUCUACAGAACAACGGGUAGAAUAUUGUACUACGUGAGUGCGAGCAACUGGAACACCUAUUAUGGCAGAAUCAAAGAGGCAGUACAAUUUCUUGGUACAACCAAUGACAUGGGGGAUAUUACUAUACCCGAAUUGCGAUUGCUCGAAUGCAGCUGUCUGACACGUCAACGACUUCACACCGUAUUGUCAGAAUUAAGCCCUCAUUUUCUGCAUAUGAAGUUUGGGGCAAAGCUGCAAUUUUCACACAUGAUACGCAAAGCGAUCUGGAAAUGGAUCGAAUGUUAUCCGAGUGAAUUUGCUGAAGUGUGCAAUAGCGAAAAACGACUCCUGGGAGGAUCAGAACUGUUGUUUGACAUGUGUAGCUCCGCCGCAGACAAUACAAAAAAUAAGACCAUUUUGUGGCCAUUACAAACUAUAUUGCUUGUGUUAUCACCCGAUUUAUUAUUGCAAGCAUUUUUGGACAAACCGUCGGCGCCAAAUAAUCGCAGGACCGCCUUUUUAGGAACUUUGAGAACAUCGUUACGCAGUUCUAGAGCCCCAGAAAUUGCGGCUGUUUGUUAUGUCGAUCUAUGUAAAGCGGCCACUUACGUUCCUCCCACGGAAGAUUCAGUGCUACGACAUAUCGCUGCAGAUAUUGCUGAUGAUCUGCGCGACAAGCUUUGGACCGUGAUGCGCCCCACACUUGUGGAUCCAUUGCCGAAUUCAGGAUACCCCAUCGAUCAGCCCACACUUUUGACCGAUUACCUCGUGGCCAUGUUACGACUAAAUCCUAGCAACACAUUGCAAGCAUGUUUAUCGAUCUGUUAUGAUCGAAAAGCGGCCAUGAUGGACAAACAAGCGCUUAUUAAAGCGUGUCUUGUACUUGCUCAAGACGAUCAGCGUUUGCCGUGGAAUCCUUCGUUCAAUUCAAUGUACGCAUCGCUUUCUCCCGGGAUCCGUAGCUUAUUCGCCGACACGGUGACGCUGGAAAUAGGAAACGAUGUCAAUGGGUUGACAUCAACACCAAUCAACGGCUCGGAAACCCACGGUCGAGCGGAGUUAAUGCACGAUAUAUUGCGCCUGUUCCGAACCAACCCUAAUCUGGCCUUGUCGAAUCAUGAGACUAAUUCUGUCGAGGAAAACAUCAAAUGCAUGAAAUACAUUACUAAGCUUCUUCAGCAUGGCGAUAAACGGAUUAGUUUGGCCGCAGGCGAGUGUCUUGUGAAACUCCAUGGUUCAUGCUAUAUUGAGCAUUGGGGCACCGCCCAAUCCUUGAUGACCAAUUUCUGGAGAAUUUCUUCUUCCGUCGUCUACGCGAUUGCGCGACAGAUCCUCGAGUACAGCCAAAAUGAAGAUCGUCUCAAAUCCCGACUUCUCUUACUCAUCAAAGUCUUUACCGCACGCGGUGACUUUAUGAAAAAGGGCCAUCAGAAUACUGCAGCGGAAGGCGCCGAUGUGAAGGAACGAUUACAGGCGUGUGUCGCACUUGAAGUGGCUCUGCUGGUGUCACUGUGUUCGUCCGACGUGGAUAUUUGUACUGCGUCUUUGCGCUGUAUCAAUUAUCUCUGUGCCGAAACGCGUCUGGCCGAUGAAGAAGGCGAUCCUCAGCUAAGACAGAUCACCCUGAUCAGUAACAUAUCCAUCUAUGAAGACCUGUCCUCCGACAAUCCCAUGGUGUUCCUGGGACGAAAAGCACAGCAAAAACGGAUCUGGAAACAUUUGCGAAUGAUUGUUCACAGCACACCCGGCAAUUUAGCGGCCUGGGAGGAAGCAUGGAAUCGGUGGAGCGCGCUCACACCGUUACUGUCUCGAUCCAAUAAAAAAGCCAUUGAGGAAUGGGUGGAAAAAAAUGGCAACAAGGCGACACGUCAACGCAAUCGUGCUCCACCACCGAUCGCCAUUAUCGCAAAUAAAGCCACCACCGAUAUCAAUGACGAACAAUCUAUUGCGUGGCACAAUUAUACCGGUUUUUUGGCAGCCUUGGGCGGUUGCUGUAUCGAUACUGAAGAAGAAGGCGAUACGAAACGGAACAAACGAUCGAGUCGCGUGCUGCCGGCCAGCCAGCCUUUACUCAUGGUCGACCAAUAUCUCAGAGAAAUGGUGGAACUGCUCACAUCGGACAACAUCUUUGUUCGUGAAUCCGUCAAAGAUACCUUGGGUGGCGACUUGUCACCUAGAUUAUAUCCUAUUUUAUUCAAGCACCUGGAAAACGGCAUGAUGCAUUGCUUCGAUUCCGUUGGCGAAGCGCUUCCUACUCCUCAAAACAGUCUUUUCGUUGAACAAGCAGUACUUGUUCUCAAGUUAAUAUUGAUCCGAAUGAACGAUACCACAGAUUGCCUCCUAAAUGUGGAUUACGGCUCACUGAUCCAGCUCUACGCCAACUAUCUCAACAAACUUUCCAAUGAUUAUACCUCCUUAAGCAUCAAGAUACGAAUGUGUCGUCUUAUCCAUGCAGCAAUGACCAAACGUGACCAAAUUGUCAUCUCCAACGAAAUCCGACUUCGCAACAAACUAUUAGGAAUUGUGGCUGAAUGGACCAGUGAUUUUAAGCUGAAACCCGGAAAGAACGCUACGGUUCAAGAUGAGCAGCUUCACCAAGACCUCGAUUUACUGUGCUUGAAGGCCAUGGUGGGUCUGUUGUAUCAAUUACCGCUCCAGCCCCCAGAUUCCGUUCGACAAGCCGAUAUUCAACAAGCCAAGGGUCGAUUGUUUUACAAAUAUUUCAGCUACCUUUCGAAUUUGUUAAAUCGCUGCCGUAUGACAGAGAGUGACACAGCAAGCAACUAUUCUCUCCCACGAACACCUAGUACGGAAGCAUCCAUUACGUCAAAGGAAACUUAUCAAGAUUGGACAUCGAUGAAAGAGCUGACUAUUCUUGCCAUGUCGAACCUUCUCAGCGCCAACGUAGAGACGGGCUUGAAGUAUUCCUUUGCCAUGGGUUAUCACGAAGAUCCACAGACCCGCACCGCUUUUAUUCAAGUGCUUACCAAUAUUCUCAACCAAGGCACCGAGUUUGAAACCCUGGCCGAGAAUGUCACCUCCGAUCGUUAUGAAAAGCUAGUCGAUAUGCUGGUGGAUUCGGAUUUGGAAAUUGCCAUGUCUUUAUGUGAUGUGUGUCCUUCGAGCGAGAUAGCCGCCAUUGCCGAGGUGCUUCUUCUCGCCUUUGAAUCACGUAACAAAGCCAUGCAGUUGCUCAAAGCGCUGAUUGAACGUGAAGUGAGCUCCACCGAAUACGAACCUACCUUGUUUCGAAGUACCACCAUUGCAACGCGCGUGCUGUCCAUUUUCGCCAAGACCACUUGUAAUAGCUAUAUCCGUACGACCUUGCUUCCUGCUAUGGAGAAAAUCAACCAACUGGACGACGAAAUGUUAACGUGGCAACUGGAUCCACAAAAACUGACUUACGAAGAUGAUGUACUGCGGAAUAAGGAUAACGUGAUUCGCGCCACGGAGAUUCUCCUCGAUGCCAUUUGCUCGUCGGCAUCGGAAGCACCAAGAGAGUUCCGUGAAGAGUUGUCCCUGAUUUCCGAUGCUGUCUCGAUUCGAUAUCCGGAAGCCAAGUACAUUGCCGUGGGCAGUUUUGUGUUCUUGCGGCUCUUCAGCCCUGCCAUUCUGACGCCGGAAAACAUUGGAUUCCCGAAAAAAGCCUUACCGCGAAGCAACGAUGUGCGUCGACUUUUACUACAAGCCACGCGUGUCAUGCAGAAUCUCGCCAACAAUGUGUUGUUUGGUGCAAAGGAGACCCAUAUGAUCAUCCUCAACGAUUUCCUUACCGAGAAUCUGUACAAAAUCACUAACUUCCUGCGAGAAAUAUCCACCUGUCCACCGGCGGGCCAGGGACAGAUCACCAAAGCCACGGUAGAAAUGGAUCAAAAUGCCUACGUGCGUCUACACUGUUUUCUGGCCGAAAAUUUGGAACGAAUGUCUCGCGAUCUCAGCACGCGCAAACUGAAAAGCUCGAGAGAUACUCAAUCGUUGUUGGAAUGGAAGAAAACGCUUGAUCGUCUGUCGAAUCUCCUGGGACAGCUUGGAAGACCGUCCGAUAUUCCCCUGACUGAUCUCUCCUCAUCACGUCACACCGCGAUUAGGGCCCAGAAUAUCUUUUUUGAAGGCGGCGUCUCACGCGGCGGAAGACCGGUGUUUUAUCUAAUCUCGCGCCACAUUCACGCAGACAGUAUGGAUUUUGAAUUGUUGGUCUACUAUAUGAUCCGCGUUAUGGAGCCGUCUUUGGACAGUCCGUUUGAGCUGCUGUUCGAUUUGACAUUGUUCACCACCGACUGCGCCAUUCCAGCUCACUGGUUUACCUUGUUUUUCCAGCUGAUUCUCAGUGAAAUGAACGAUCAUCUGACCCAUCUUCACCUCUUCAACUCCAAUUCGUACCUUCUUCGCUUCUUUGGUGCAUUGCCGCAGGCCAUUGCCAACAAAUUUGUGAAACGCACCUUAUUCUCGGGAUCGUUGCAAGAACUGUACGAGCGGAUUGCUCCUUCCGAAGUGUCCUUGCCAAAGUCUACAUUUGAUAUUGAGCGAGAACAGAGCAUUGUUUUUUCACCGGUGAUGAAGCGUGUUCAGCUGAAAUCGUCUGUUCCGGUCGUCGUAAAAAUCGGCAAUGAACAUGUGCAAGUGAUUACUGUGCGAAAACAAGAGCUUAGCUACAACUUUAGUGCCGUCAUGAAGGAUAUCUAUCGGAUUGAAGACAUCGAAGAUAUUAUUUCCAUGUCAUCUCCGAAGCAUGAUAAUGGUGCCGGAGGCGAGUUGAUGAUUCGUUGUGAACAUGGUAAAGCAUCGGUUAUUCUCAGUAGCUCCAAACGAGACGCCAUGGUGAACCUACUUCGAUACAAUAAGCAGCGUUGCGAUUCUCUGAAACCCAAUGCGAUUCAUGAGCAAUCCAUCCGUCCUGGCGAUGUGCCCGGUCGACUGCUCAAUAUGGCCCUUUUGAAUAUCAGUAGCCGAGAUCCUAGUUUGCGACUGGCCGCUUAUAAUUUGCUUUACUCUUUAAGCUUGGCCUUUCAUUUCGAUGUAGAGGGCCAGUUACUGACGGUGAAAGAUUUAUGUAUACCAUUCAACAGCAUGGAUUUCGUCGUCGGCAUCAGCGAGAGUCUAGCCGCCACGGAAAUCCCCUUGACGCUUGAAUUCCUCCAUGAGUGCUUGAUUGGCAUUUCCAAAUCCAGCGAGUCGAUGCAAUUGCUAUGUUUGCAUUAUAUGGCACCCUGGCUGCGUAAUCUUGGCAUCUUUACCCAGACCCCUUAUGAGCGGAAUAAGCAUAUGGCCAAAAUCAAAGAAAUGCUGCGAAUGUUCAUGGACCUGACAGUCAACCAUCCAAAGAUGUAUCGAAAUAUUCAGGAGAAAAUCUGGAAAAAGCUGGGUCGCAUUGAAACAAUGACCGAUCUGCUUUUAGACGCUCUCAUCGAUUACUCCAUCGAAUCCGGUAUUGGCACGGCUCAUGCGGAAGUCAUGGCGGACACCGUGGUCACUAUAUCCGGUGUUUACGUUCGUGGCAAACUAAUCAAUCGCAUGCGCAAAGUUCUGCGACAGACAUCGAUAUCUCCAUGCAUCAAUAUGAGCGACCACUCCACGUGGCCCCAGAUUGCAAUCUUGCUAAGAUUCUUACUCAUGGUCUCGUUCAACAACAUUGGCUCGAUCAAACUCUAUCUGCCGGAAUUAUUUCAUAUUAUUAUUCUGCUCAUUUCCACUGGUCCAACCUUUACGCGUUCUUCGGUGCAUGAAUUGACUGUAAAUGUCAUUCACACGCUGUGCACGCAGAUGCCUCUGUCGCAGGACAACAUGAAGAAAUUGCAGUUGGUCUUGCACGAACUCUGUGGUAGCAAAUGCAGGAUUGCGUUUGGUCUCACCAAGCAUCAUGCCAGUGCGUUCACGAUCAACAACGAAACAUUGGCUGACAGUGCCAACUCGGUGAAUCUAAAUUCCAUUCAGUACGUGACUUCCCUGCUCCUUGAAGCCAUGGAGUAUGGCGCAUCCACACGAGACAUCGCCAACACUUGGAAAGCGCGGUGGAUGGGGUUGGUAGCCAGCACGGCAUUUCAUUUUAACCCUGCGGUUCAGCCACGAACAUUUGUCGUCUUGGGUUGCUUGGCUCGCGAAGAGACCGAUGAUGACUUGGUGUAUCAAAUCCUGACGGCUUUGCGAGGAGCUUUGGCCGUAUUUGACGAAAAUGACGCCACGCUCAUCAACAGUAUCAUGAUGUGUCUAAGCAAUGUCAUCAACAGCCUUCCCAUGGAUUCCAUGUACCUGAAAUCGUUAUUCUGGCUCGCCAUUGGGCUUGUGCAAAUGGACCAUGCAGCGAUCUUUGCCGAUGCGGUAAAAUUUUUGCAAGCGGUUCUGCGAGCCCUGGAUUCCCGUAAAAUGUUUAUUCACGCCUCAGUGGUGGAUGUGUUGAUGUCGACGCGUGUUCCUUUUGCUGACAUUGCUUUGGAACUCGACGCGGCGUGCGGCGUGAGUUUUGAGAGCCACUUUUCAUUUGCAGUGGCUGGUAUCCUUUUGAAGGGGCUGAAUACGUGCGAACCUCGAGACAUUGUAUUGCAGUGUCUUACGACUUUUCUGGAAAUCGAUUUGCAACGCACAAGCACUCCGGGACUGGUGGAUGCGCAAACGCUAGGCUAUGUAGCCGGUUUACUACCUGCCGCGGCGAAAGAAGGCAAUUUACGGAAAUUGCUUCGACUGGCCGGGUUAUCAGACAUUGAUCUGGAUCAAAUGGAAUUCAGCAUCCCCUAUGUUCCGCUGUUUGACGUAUUCUACAUCCCCGACAACAUCACAGCCCUUUUACUGGUGUCACUGCUCGUCAUGAUGCUCGGUUCCAUGGACAGUGAAGCGGAACGCGUCUUUUUAUACAGCUUUUUGGCCGAAGCCGCUUCCUCCAUUCCAGAGGUUUUCUCAUUGGUGUAUGAACCAUUACUUUCGAAAGUGAAUCAAGUCGUCAGUAGCAGUCAGAACGGUAUUGUCAUUGAAGCGGUGAAAAAUAUCAUGAUGAUCGCAUGCUACGAACCGGCAUUUGAUUUGCGACAGAGCCGCCAUGGUCAAGCCGCGUACCUGGAAGAACUCGGGUUCGCUUCCUUUAGCGAUCCUUCUUUUGGCAUGUCCAAUUCCUCCAAGAGCAGCAAUGCACCAUUAGUUAUUAAAUUACUAGAACGUAUUCUUGAAUAGACUAGAAUCAUUAUAAUAGUUUCUUAUCUCAUGCCAUUAUUCUCAUUUUUUCAUUUCUACUAGCAUAGAUUACUCAUCAUUUUUUUUUCAUGCCUGUGAUAUCCGACGAAUUUCACAGAAUAAAAUCAUAUCAUGCCU